AUGCAGGAGAGGGGCGAGUUAUUACAACUUAUCGAAAUCACAAGCGAUGGAGAAAGUCGGUUGAACGAGCGAGUGCUGGGCGAGCUGUGUAGAGUUAUCGGAGAUAAACCGCAUUUCGUGAUUUUGGUUCGAAAUGCUUUGCAGGGCUGUGGACUGAAAGCCGGAAACGCCUAUUUGCAAAGAGUUCAACAAACGAUGAACUCUGUGGAAAACCUGGGAAAAAUGAUGAAUGUGUUGAUGAACGGAUUCGAUCGCGUGGAAUGUUUCCUCGCCCCUACUCCCGGCUCAAAAGUUGCUAAUGCUGAUGGAGCUAUUGCUGCCGAAGAUUGCGAAAAAGAGUUCCUGAAUUCCCUUUGCGAGCUGGCCAACUACAUGAUUUCCGACCUUGAGCCAAAAACAUUCAAAGACGUGCCAUUGACUGGGAAAACUCUGAUGAAUUAUGUGAAACAAUUGGUCACCCAUAUUCACAUCGUUCACAAAGAGACUCGGGGAAUCGGGAAUGCUUUUGAGGCCAUUUCGAGGCUACAAUUUGAGAAGGCAAAAAAUUCGGCUAUCGCAUGGUUUAACACCGAAUGUGAGGCUUUAUUUGCCAGAAAUGGCUAUCAAGCAAUGCUCCCAAAACUCCUUGCUGAGGAACUCGAUCGAAUCAAAGAGCUCACCAUGAAGGAUUACAACGCGGCUCCCCGUUUUGGCAAUGCUAGGAACAAAGCCGAAUACGAGAAGAGUUUCCGUGAAAGCAUUGAACAAAAAUGCCAACAGAAAUACGAGCACAACGACCAACGCUAUCGAGACUCAAAAGUGGCCACAUUGAUUCAAGAAGCUUAUGCAAAAUAUGAAGCAGAAAUGAGACCCGACUUGGCCCUCUCCUUGGGAGAUGAGUCAAGGUUGCAAAAGAUCCAACAAAAGCAUCCCGUUGCGAGAUCAAUGGCUCUGGGGCAUUACGAUAAUGGAGUCAGCGACCUUGGAAACUUAUCACUCAUUGGUCAAAAACGUGAAGCGUUGAGCAAAAUGAUUGACGUUAAA